CGGGAGGGAGAAACGAAUGGGAGGUGCUCGGUUGCGCAUGUGCGUUCGCCAUCUUGCUGGUGGCUCACUUCUCCAUUGACAAGCGGACACCCAUGCCAUGAUGCACCAGUCGGAGAGCGCAGCGGCGGACAGGAAGAUGGCGCACCCGCUCUACCCCCGGCGGAGCAGCACCAGCCACCCGCCGCCGCCUCCUCCGGCCUCCACGCCAGGCCCAGGCUCCGGCGGGGCCUCGGCCUCUCCCUCGCUGGGCGGCCUGAUGGGGCAGCCGGCUCCGACGCGCCCGCAUCCGCACCCGGACGACGCUCUGCGCUCGCCGGCCCUGGCGGCUUGCUCCUCAGGGCCCGGCGCCGGCCCGGUGCCUGUGCCGGUGCCGGCCCCGCCGCUGACUCUCAGCCUCCACGGGCCUGGGGCUGUGGCCCUUCCUCCUCCCGGCCCCGCUGCUGUGGUGGCCCCCGCCGGUGCCGGCUCGAUGGCCGGGGCCCAGAUGAAGAAGAAGAGCGGCUUCCAGAUCACCAGCGUGACCCCGGCGCAGAACAACGCCGGCUCCAACAACAGCAUCGCCGAGGACACCGAGAGCUACGACGACAUGGACGAGUCCCACACCGAGGACCUCUCGUCCUCCGAGAUCCUCGACGUCUCCCGGGCCACCGACUACGAGCCGGAGCGCAGCUCCUCCGAGGAGACCCUCAACAACGUGGGCGACGCCGAGACCCCCAGCGCCCUGUCCCCCAACCAGCCUCGCCUGCCCCCCCACCAGCCGGCUCUCUUCAACGGCAGCAUCCACAGCCUGCACCCGCCCCCUGCUCACCACCACCAUCCAACCCAUCACCAUCACCACCACCACCAUCCCCUUCACCACCACCCUGCCAUGCUGGCGGGCCCAGGGAUGGCCGGCGCUGUGCCUUCAGGAGCGGGAAUCGUGCCUCCUGGCAAUGUGACUGCCGGCGUGGAGAAAAAUGGCACCGGUGUGCCCAUGCCUGGGUUAGUGAGUGGCUCGGUUGGGACGCCAGUGGCCCUGGCUUCCAGCAUUGGAGCCCCGGCGAAUGCCAGAACUGUAAGCGGUAUGGGGAGCAACGUGAGUGUCGGUGGGGUGAGUGUUGGUGCCAAUGCCAGUGUUGUGAGUGGUACGACCGGAGUGAUCGGGGCUGCAUCCAGUACUGUGGCUUCCACCGGUGCAACCGUAGCACAGCAGCCGGCAGCUGGCAGCUCCAGGUUCAGAGUGGUGAAAUUGGAUUCCAACACUGAGCCAUACAAGAAAGGUCGCUGGGUUUGUACUGAGUUCUAUGACAAAGAAAAUGUCACUGUUCUCACUGAAGGCACCUCUGUGAACAGGACGCUGGACAGUGUAAAGCAAGCUUCUGUCACUGAUCCAAAUCUGGAUGGGCAGAGUACAAGUGGAGGGAGUUCGGUAAGCAGCACCUUGAGUGCAGUGGGUUAUUACAUUGAAACUGCUGGUAAUGGGGAACCAGGAUUAGUUCCUGCCCCUCAGCAGCAGGCCUUUCAAGCAUUGUGUAGUCAGCAGUUGGAUUUUAGCAGUGGUGGCCCUCUGGCACAAAGUAUUUCCCAACCACAGCUCACACAGUCCCAGCUGCAUUCACAAGAUGUUAUGCAUUCGCAGCAGAAGCCAAGUGCACCCCUCCCUGGUCGAGCCGGAAUCAGUGGUGUUCAACAGACCCCAAUUCAGCAGCAAUUACCAUAUUCUCAGCAACAGCAGCCUUUGCAGGCCCUGUCAGCGGGGUCCCAGCCACAGCAACUAUCGUAUCCUCAGCAACAGCCAGCUUCACAGAUGACAACACAGCAUAUUAUGUCAUCAAAUACAAGUGCUGUCAUUACAGAAUAUGUGCAGCACCCUCAAAUGCAGCCCUCUGCGCAACCCAUACAGCAGAGCAGUGGUGGGGUUGGAGCAGCAGCCGCACCAUCCGGCCAACCACAACUUGUUCAAGGCCAAGCACAGUCUGUUUUAGCACAAGCACAAUCUGGACAGACACCAGGUCAGCCUGUGGGACAUGUUUCAGCAAUGAUGCCACCUGCUGGUGCUGCCAAUGGGCAGCUGGUAACUGGUCAGCAAAGCAAUACAAUUCCUCUGCUGCAACAGUCUUGUUCGCCAUCAGUUAACAAGUCAACACCAAUCGGUUUGCAACCAAGUGCUCCUCCAGCUGCUCAAGCGCAGCAAGUAGGGCAGCCUCUGCAGGGCGGGAUGGUACAGCAGCAGGCCAACGUAUCAGGGCUUGUGCAGCAGGUAACUGUGGCACCACCAAAACAGCAGUUGUCAUCGCAACCACAAGGUCAAGGGGUCGAGUGUAUUAUUCAAAGUGUGAACAAUCAGACAAUAACUGGAAUAAGUUCUACACCAUCUGUUAAUGCCAACCUACCCAGUGUUGGAUCUAAUGUAUCUACUAGUAUACCAACUGGACCUGCAAACAGUGUUCCGCAGCAAACCACUACGCAGACCUCCGUGCAGAACAGUUUGAUCCAGAAAGCCAGCCAGCCUUCUGUACCAGCAAAUGCAAGCCUCCCUGUGGUACAAGUGGGGCCACAGAAAAUGGUGCCUGGCUCUGCCCAGCACUCUGCUCCCAUCCAGUCGCUGUUGAAUGCAGUGGAAGAUUCACAGCAACCUGCAGACCAGCCACUUUUGCAUGUACAACAGGUAGCUAUUGGAGAAAGUGUACUGAGUGCAGCUUCUGCUCUGGUUCAGGAAAUUGCCAGCAGCGCCAACCUGCCUGCAUCUGCAUCGUUACUUCCUUUAAAGACCUUACCACUGUCUAUGCAACCUGUAGAUGGUGAAGAUGACAGCUUCCAUUCCUGCCAUUGAGUAACAACAUGGACGGCUGACCAGUAUACAUAGAUUCUGAGAUUUUGGAGGGAAUGUCUACACAGCU